AUGGUUGUGGUGAUUGUUGAUGAUGAUGCUAAUGGUGAGGAUUAUGGAAAUAAUGAUAAGAAUGCAAAUUACAACAGUGGUUGUUUUGGUGAUGAAGAUGACGAUGGCAGCCAUCCUGUACCGGCGCCAGACGCUUUUCAUAGUGACCUACUACUAAUUAUCUACUACAUCAGAAAUCAAACUGUACCAGAUCCUGGUGUGCUUUUUCAGGGAGAUGUCGAAUUAGGGAGUUUUGAUAUACAUCUCCCAUCUGUGACCCGUGAGAACAACGGAACUUAUUUAUGUAGAUUGCGUCUCAAUGGCAUUUUUCACAAGAACCAGACACAGCUCACUGUGCAAUCAGCACUGACCAGGAGAAACAGUCUAGAUGUUAAUCAUCUGCAGAAACAUCCUCCCUGGUUGCUCCCUCUGGCAUCUGUGGCAUCAGUGGCUGGGGUUGUGUUACUAACUGGUGCAGUGUUUUUGGGGAGGAAAGCUUACAGAACAACCCAGAGAGAAAACAACUCAAAGGAAAAUAUGGAAGAGGUUAAAACUAGCACUGACGGUGAAGACAAGGGAAUGAUAUGCAAGGUGGGAUUCAGCAUGCCUGACCUUGCAGACGUGAACAGUCCUCCCAGCAGUCCAGAUAACAUCUAUGUUACCAUGCAUGGUUUUCCAUUCGCUCCAGACGCUCCUGUAACAGCUGGACGCAACAGAUGUCUUCCCUCUGACUGGCAGCCGAAGGAUGAGGAACCUGUAUAUGAAGCUUAAAAGAUGAGCCACAGAAUAACUGAUUAAAUUAGUGAGAGUAAGUGUUAGGCAUUAUAUAGUCCCCAAACAGACUGGUUUGUUUAUUCUUUUUCAGUACUCAACAGAUGACUGUACAUUAUCUCUUAUAAUAAAUCUGUUUCUAAAA